UGGGAGCCAGGAUGCCUGGGUUCCGUUCCCCUGCUCUGGGAGGGGAGUAGGGUCUAGUGUCUCUGGGGAGGGGGGCUACCCCCCCCCAAGUUGCCCACUGCUGAUGAGAGCCUUAGUCCUGACCUGCAGUCCCACUGUGGGCAGGGAAUUUCUCUCCCACUCGGAGCAAGGGCCCAUCUCCCCUGGUAUCCUGGCUGUGCCUGGGCCCACCCCUCUGCUAUGAGAGAGUCCCCCUGGUGGCCAGUGAAGGGUAAAGUCCUCCCACCUGGUGCCCUUGGAGCCCCCCAACAGCUGUUUCUCCUUCCAGCUGUUGCCGGGGGACGGCUGGAUCCUGGCUCGCAGCUGCCCCUUAAUGGGGCUGUGCUGGGGCUGCUGUUGAGCCAUCCGGGGGGCAUCCCCCUGCGGGAUUUUGGGAGGCUCUUCCACCAGCACCAUGGCCAGCGCCUGGAUCUGCCCCGGCACGGCUACCGCUCGCUGCGCCACCUGCUGGGUGACAUGAAGGAGCUGGUGGUCCUGGACGAGGAGGGCAAGGAACCGUGGGUCAGGUGCCGGCGCCCAGCCUGCGACCAGCUGCUGGAGGCCAAGCCCUCCAAGAGAUGCUGCCAUCACCCCCGGAUCCACAAGGAGGCGCCCCCUGAACGGCAGCACCCGGAGGCUCCUAAAGCAGUUCCCAGGCCUUGGAACUCCUGCUACCACCUGCCUGCACCCCCGGACCAUCCACCAGCCGGAUCUGCCCCCGGGCACCAAGCCAGUGCCUGGCUGCCUCGAGCUGUCUCACUGAGCCACUUCCCCAGCUCCCGCCUUCCUGUGGCCGCCCCCCGGCAGCCGCCCCUGCUAACCUUGACCAACCAGCCACUGGAUCUGGCAGCGUACCAGGGGGCAGCCCUGAAUAGCCCCGUGCAGGCCCCCAGCCGGCUGCCCCGCCCCACCCGCCCCGCCAGUCCCCAGCUGGACCCUCUCAUGGCCGAGCGGGCUGAGCUGGAGCAGAAUGUGGCGCGGGUCCUGCGGGACCACCCUGGGGGUAUCUCCCUCUUCCGUUUCCGCCAGGCCUAUGGUGCUGCCUACAGCCACCCCUUCCCCCUGGACAGCACGGCCUCGGUGAAGGAGCAGCUGGCGGCCAUGCCGGGGGCUGUCAGGGUGGAGGGCUGUGGGGUGCAGACGAUGCUCUUCCCGGUCUGCCCCCAGGAGGUCCCCAGCAAAGAGACUGGUCUCGCCCCAUCUCUGCCAGAGGCAGUCGCCUCUCUUGCCAGCCCCGAUGUGGUACCACCUGCCCCAGCUGUGGUCUGUCCAUCGCCUUCCAUCUCUGCCAGCCCCCCAGAGGCCACCCUGGCUCCUGCAGGCCCAGAGCAUCCCCCUGUUCCUUGCAGCCCUCCCCCAGGGCACAGGGUAGCGCUGGGGGCCCCAGUUGAGAUCCCUGUAUCCCCUGCUGCCUCAGCAGCCCCCUGGUCACUGGGGAUGGGAUGGGAGCAUGGAGCCAUGGGGCCCAUCACUGAGGAGACUGAUGUCUUGGAGGGCAUCGCCACAGCUACACCAGCUGCUGGUGCUGUGCCAUCUGAACUGGGGGCCGAACUCUCCCUGCCAUUGGUUCUGGCAUCUUCUGUAUCCCUCUCCCCAACAGGUUCCCCCUGGGGUCCCACCCCAGCGCUGAGCCUGGACCAUGUGGCUGCCACAGAUGACGUCCUCUACGGCCUUAACCCUGCCCCCAGCUCUGCAAGCUGUCCCAGCCCGGAGCCAUCCUUUUCCUCAACUUUGCCAGGACCCGUGUCUGGCAGCCAUCCUCUGAUGGCUGUGGUCUCCCCUGAGCCAGCUUGGUCCCCCAUCCAAGACGUGGAUUCUGCCAGGGAAAGACCACCCUUCAGGCCCCUGCCUCUGGGUGAGCCCAGCUUGGCAUCCCCCUACAAACAUCAGGAGGACAGGGAGGCACCAUGGAUGGCAAUCAAGCCAGAGCUCCCUCUGCCCCAUAUCUCCCGGCUCCGCCCCCCACCUAUGGGGAGUAAGAGGAAGCUACCCAAGCACAAUCCUGACCUCUGUGUCCUUCUGUGAGGUGGGUGUUGUAAGUUGACAGCAUUUGUGUGAAAUUGGUGUGGGGGGGCACAAUUGACAUGGGGGGACAACAGAAUGGGCUAGGUCAGGCUGGAUAGGAGGGGGAUUGUAGGACAAGCACCUGCAUGGGUUAGAAAUGCUUCUCUUCUGCUAGGAGAGAGAGAGAGCUGGUUUCUGCCCUGGCUCCUGCAUCACCAGCUGAGAGCGGAUCUGGAAUGGGCGGGGAAGAGGAGAAGGGGGCAGGGGUUGAUGUGGGGUUGGGUGGAGUCUUCAUGAUGGGCAGCAGGCUGCUUUAAAUGUAGGUAGAUGGCCCCAUAUCCUCACAAUGCCCCAGCCUGGGGCUGGAUUGGCUGCAGUGCCUCCUAGAGGUGGAAGGCAGCUGUGUCCCAAUGAGGCAACCCGUUCUCCCCCCCACCACCCAGUAGCACUGGUAUGAGUGGGAGGUGGAUUCACCUUUAAAGCUGGGGUCUGUCUGGGAUUCAGCCAUCCAGAACCCACCCCAACAUGGUGGAACCUUCACCAGUUGGGGGAAUCUGUUGAAUCUAGAACUCACUCAGUUUGGGAAAGGGGGUCUAGAACAUGUCCCACUUGGUGAGGGAGGGAAAUCUAGAACCAGCUAGAUUCUGGUCCUGGGCAUCUGGAACACUGUUUGGUCAGGACAUGGUGGGAUCUAGAACCUGUUCCACUUUGCUGAAUCUAGAACCCCCUCGAUUAUGUGGAGGCCUGAGGAAUGUAGCACUGAUUCUGGUGGAGACUCUAGAACAUGCUCCAUUUUGUUGUGGGUUGAGGAAUCUAGAACCCCCUCCAUUCUCUGGGGAUCUAGCCCCCACCCCGUUUUGGUGGGAGGAUCCACAUACCCAGUGUUAUGGGGGGCUGGCAGGAGAGGGUCUGCGGCUGCUCCAGAGCUGUAUCAUGGUCCUGAGCAAAGGAAAAAAUUAUUUAAAUAUUUAUUUUCCCACCCCUCCGGGGGAAUCUUGUCUCGUAUUUCAUUUGAUGAAUCUCCAGUUGUUCUCCUAAUAAAAUUUGCUUCCUGAAUGA